UCUCCCCCCCUCCUCCAGUCUGUGAAGGUCAUUACAGGCAGCCAGUCGCGGUCCAAUAUAGCGCAUGCGCCCGGGCCCGGGGACUGGCAGAGACAAGAGAGAGGCGGCACAGCCUCCUAUACAUAGCAGGGAGCCUGGGAUAAAGAGGCAAUAUGGCGAGGAUGCCUGGCAGCGGGGACUGCAACCCGGGCACGGCGGAGAGCGACCCCGUGCACGUCCAGGCACGGAGCGCCCAGCACCGGCUGCAGCCUGGCAGCGCAGGAGAAGAGGAAGAAGAAGAGGAGGAGGAGGAGGAAGAAGAGGAUGAGGGGGACGAGAUCCAGGAGGUGCAGAUCACCGGGGAUGAAGAGGAGGAGGACGACGACGAUGAGCUGCUGCUGCUGGAAGACGAGGAUGAGGAGCUGGACUGGGACGAAGGGGCUCUGCUCGGCUCCCCUUAUCUCCCUCAGCUGGCGGCGGAUCGGGCAGCCGCUGCGCUCCCUCAGCCUCCCUGCUCCGGGAUGGCGCUGCGGCCCGGCGCGGACGGUGGAGGAAUCAUCAUCGGCGGCGGCUCCCCGUCCUCCGAGCGGCCCGAGAGAGCCCGGCUGAGCGAGAACACCCGGCUAGCCACCCGCUACGCCGUGCGCAUCUUUCGGGAGUACCUGAACGAGAAGGCACAGAGCCCGGACUUCGAGAGCAUGGACAAGGAGGCGCUGUGCCGGGUGUUGCGCUCCUUCUACGCCGAGGCAAGGUCUAAGAGCGGCCAGCUGUACAGCAAGUCUUCCCUCAUCAGCAUCCGCUCUUCCCUCAACCGCUACCUAAACGAGCCGCCCUAUUGCCGCACCCUGGACCUGACCAAAGACCCCGAGCUCCGCAGCGCCAACCUCACCCUGGCCGCCGUCAUUCGUAAGCUGGAGGAGCAGGGGGCCGGCCCGGUGGUCCAGAAGCAGGCCAUCACCCGGGCGGACCUAAGGAAGCUGUACACGUCCUGUGUGUUCAGUGCCGCCUCCCCCUUCGGCCUCCUCAACAAGGUCUGGUUCGAGACCUGUAUGUACUUCUGUACCCGAGGCCGAGAGAACCAGCGGGAGCUGGAGGAGGACUCGUUCGGCCUGGCCAUGGACGAGGACGGCCGGCGCUUCGUCUACUUCAAGUCGUUGGGGCCAUACCACAAGUCGCGCUCCGCGUCCGGCUCCUCGUCCUGGGGGAAGAAGCAGCGUGGAGCCGAGGGCGACGAAGAGAACCUGCCGCGCAUGUACGAGACCGGCACCGAGUUCUGCCCCUAUGCCAGCUUUGUCAAGUACCUGGCCAAGCGCAACCCCCUGUGCAAAGCCUUCUUCCAGAGACCCCGGGACCACUGCAACGAGGCCGACGUCACCUGGUACGAGAACAAGGCCAUCGGCAAGAACCUGCUGGGCACGCGAAUGCAGAUGCUGUCCAAGGCGGCCAAGCUGUCCAAGACCUACACCAACCACUGCAUCGGUGCCGUGUCCGUGGCCACGCUCAACAGCAUCGCCGGAAUCGGCACCAAGCUGGGGCCCCCCUACUUCUCCGAUGGCCUGAACGGCGCUAGACACCGGCCCGCCACCGCCUUCAUCCUGCCCAAGGCCAACGGAGGAGGAAUGGGGCUGCGGGAGAUGAAGUGCGAGGCCACCAAGAGACCCUUGUAUGACUCUGGACAAGCCAUCUAUGUGGACACUCCUCCUUCUCCAAAAAGACUCUGUGUCAGGUCUGCAGAGCCCUCCUCGGACUGCGUCCUGGUUGUGUCCGUCAAGAGUGACCAUCAGCCACCCUGCCCCGAGACUAAUGGUCACAUGGUGCUGGCGGCCUCACCUGCUGUCACUUCCCCCACCGUGAUGUCCCCUGUACAGGACACUCGACCCAACAUGUCAAGACCUAUGAUCACCAGAUCACCUGCUUCUCCUUUGAACAAUCAAGGCAUUCCUACCCCAGCCCAGCUCACUAAAUCCAAUGCUCCAGUUCACAUUGAUGUUGGCGGUCACAUGUACACAAGCAGUUUGGCGACACUAACAAAAUACCCAGAUUCCAGAAUCGGGAGGCUAUUCGAUGGAACAGAGCCCAUUGUUUUGGACAGUUUAAAGCAGCACUACUUUAUCGAUCGAGAUGGCCAAAUGUUUCGUUAUAUAUUGAACUUUUUACGUACAUCAAAACUCCUCAUCUCUGAUGAUUUUAAAGAUUACACGCUCCUGUAUGAAGAAGCAAAGUACUUCCAGCUUCAGCCAAUGCUGUUGGAGUUAGAGCGAUGGAAGCAGGACAGGGAGGCAGGCCGUUUCUCCAGGCCCUGUGAGUGUCUGGUUGUCAGGGUGGCUCCGGAUCUUGGAGAAAGGAUUACAAUGAGUGGAGAAAAGUCUCUAAUAGAGGAAGUUUUUCCUGAAAUUGGUGACGUGAUGUGUAAUUCUGUCAAUGCGGGCUGGAACCAUGACUCCACACAUGUUAUUAGAUUUCCGCUCAAUGGAUACUGCCACCUCAACUCUGUUCAGGUGCUGGAAAGGUUGCAGCAGCGAGGAUUUGAGAUUGUGGGUUCAUGCGGAGGAGGAGUUGACUCUUCUCAGUUUAGUGAAUAUGUACUGAGACGAGAACUGAAAAGGACAUCACGUGCACCCUCUGUCAUUCGAAUAAAGCAGGAGCCCUUGGACUGAGCAGAGACACUUUUCUUAUGCAAAAUGGGACAAUUUCUGUGCAGCUGGGACACAUGUUCCAGAAUCAACACUGAUACUGAGACAUUUCCGUCACCUCAAAAGACAUCAAAUGCUGUUAUUUACACAGCGACAUCAGGAACACUCAGCAGGACGGCUACUACAGGAUAAUAAAAUGUCGAAAAAAUAAUAAAAAAAAUAAUUAGCCCGUAACAUUAUGAAAGGGUACUGUAAUAACUACACAUUAUUCACAACUGAUGCUGUACAUUAGAUAAUAUACCAUAAGUUUUA